UUGUUUAGGACGCCCCCAAAGCCCAGUGGGUGUGAGGCCUGGGAGCCCGCCGGUGGCCCCGGUCAGUGGGGCGCAUGGGGCGGCGCUAAACGGGCUGGCAGCGCAGGCCAGGAGCCUCUCCAACAUGAACCUCGUGGGCAGCUACGCACACCAUCACCACCAUCACCACCCACACCCCGCGCAUCCCAUGCUCCACGAACCCUUCCUGUUCGGUCCGGCCUCCCGCUGCCACCAGGAGCGCCCCUACUUCCAGAGCUGGCUGCUGAGCCCGGCUGAGGCUGCCCCAGAUUUCCCUGCUGGCGGGCCACCACCCACAGCCGCUGUGGCAGCAGCCGCCUACGGUCCCGACACCAGGCCGGGUCAGAGUCCCGGGCGGCUGGAGACGCUCGGCGGCCGCCUGCCCAGGCGGAAGGGCUCAGGACCCAAGAAGGAGCGGAGACGCACGGAGAGCAUCAACAGCGCGUUCGCAGAGCUGCGCGAGUGCAUCCCCAACGUGCCUGCCGACACGAAGCUCUCCAAGAUCAAGACUCUGCGCCUGGCCACCAGCUACAUCGCCUAUUUGAUGGACGUGCUGGCCAAGGAUGCGCAAGCUGGGGACCCCGAGGCCUUCAAAGCUGAACUGAAAAAGGCGGAUGGCGGCCGGGAGAGCAGGCGGAAAAGGGAGUUGCCGCAACACGAAGGCUUUCCUCCGGCCCUGGGGCCAGGCGAGAAGAGGAUUAAAGGGCGCACCGGCUGGCCGCAGCAAGUGUGGGCGCUGGAGCUCAAUCAGUGAGCCGAGGCCGGCGUCGAGGACCUGGCCCGGGCUGGGCCACCUGGCAGCCCCGGAGGAGAGGAACACAGCGCCAAGGCCAGGCUCGGGUUCCCGCCGAGUGCGCGCGUCUGCCCCGCCUCUGCUGAGCGCCGGGUCAGCGGCUGCUGCAACCACACACUAGGAUCGCACGUGCAAUGUCUUUCGAAUUUGUUUUUAAUGCAGUAUGAGAAAGAGAAAUUUAUAUAUAUACCCACCUCCUCUCACGGGGGCGACUCUUGGAGGCUCAACGCAGGAAAGAGGGAGGAACUGCAGAAAUCCAGGCGCCCAAAGACGCACCCUUCUCACCGUCUGGGGGGCAGAUGGAACCCCAAGGCCGGGUCCUAGUCAGUCUCUGGCUUGCUCUCUCGUCCCCCCUCUCAGCUUUACGCCUUCUCCUGGAGUGAAAAUGCAGUAAGAACAAUGGGCAGUUUCCUGCCAGGUGGACGGAAGCUGCCCGGUGCCGUCUUAGAACCGGCAGUGUUUUGUUUUGUUCUUUGUGAUUCUAUCCUUCCCACCUAGAGCCAAGGCGUAGCUUCCGCCAGAAACAUCGCUGGUUUCCAAGGGAAACACCUCCCUUCCCUUCCUUCUCCUUCCUUUCCUUUUGUCCCUUCUUCCUUCCUCUCCUUCCCCUUCCCCUUCCCCC